UGAUAAAAAUGGUCUUCCCUAAGUGUGCAUGGGGCACCACCCGAGUUGCUCAUUCUCCUUUUAAGUAGCUACACACUUUCUUGAAAGGUUACGUUCCAUUUUCUUUCUUUCUUUCUCUCUCCUCUUUAAUUUGAAUUUUUCAUCAUCAAUAAAUUGAUCAACAAAAUAAAUAGACUAAAAAACAAGAUAGAGCAGCUAAGUAAGAGAGAGAGAGAAAGGGAGAGAGGAGAGAGAAAGAGGGAUAUAUAUAUAGAUGAGGAUGAGAGAGACGACGAUGAGUGGCGGCAUGAAGGCGGUGUUGGGAGAGGUUUUGCCGUGCACGGCCAUGGUGGUGGUGGAGGGUUUAAUUAUAGGGUUGACUAUAAUGGCAAGCACCGCCAUGGCUAGAGGGAUGAGCCCUUAUGUGUUUGUUGUUUACACUAAUGCCCUUGGUUCAUUCAUUCUUCUCCUUUAUUCCUUCUUUUUUGAUAGGGAUAGAUCAGAAGAGCCAUUUUUUACCCUACCCUUUUUCCUCAGAGUCUGCUUGCUUGGUUUUGUAGGGAUAACCAUAGCACAGAAUCUAGCAUUUGUUGGUUUAAGUUACAGCUCUCCAAUUGUGGCAUGUGGCAUGGCCAAUCAGAUUCCUGCUAUGUCCUUCAUUCUCGGAAUUAUCCUCAGGACGGCAAAAUUCGAUUGGAAAAGCACGGGCAGCCGAGCAAGAUUAAUCGGCAGCUUGAUAUCUUUCACCGGAGCAAUUUCACUCACUCUCUACAAGGGCCCCACCAUCAGAAGCCACUCUUCUCCCUCACUUUCCCUUCACAAGACGGCGGCUGCGGCGGCGUUGGUGGUGGUACCACCACCACCAAGGCUGCUUGUUUUCUCUUCGCCACACGAAAACUGGAUUCUCGGCUGCGCUUUGUUCGCAGCUUCUUCACUUACUCUAGUCAUCUGGAACAUUAUCCAGGUGGGAACAGUGAAAAUGUGCUCACAAAUAAUGAAAAUAAUAUCAUUAUACACAUUUUUCGGGACCGUACAAUCAGCUCUUCUUGCAAUAUUAUUCCUGGAAAGAGAUCUUACUGCAUGGAAACUUGAGCUUAACUUCGAACUCUUGAUUAUCGUUCUAACGGCGAUUUUCAGCAGUGCGAUACGUAGCAGUAUUCAAAUAUGGUGCACGAAAUUGAAGGGACCUUAUUUCGUGCCCGCGUUCAAGCCAUUUGGAAUUCCCUACGCAAGUACAUUCGGCUCGUUGCUCUUCGCCGAUACGUUCCAUUACGGAAGUAUGAUGGGAGCAUUCGUAUGUGGAGUAGGCUAUUACACUGUGCUGUGGGGACAAAUUAAAGAUGACGAGGCACAUAAUAAAUCGGACAAUAAUAAAAAUAAUAAUAAUAAUGGCAAGAUCAAUUCUUCUUCCAUUGAUGACGUCAGGGUUCCACUUCUGGAAGAUCAGGACUCUCCAGUAUGACAUCAUCAUCGUCAAAAGAUUAAUUAUGGUUAAUUAUAUAUGGAUUAAAAAAAAAGGGUUGAUUAUCAUCAGCUGCAGAAAAUAUUCUUUUUUUGAUUGUUGAUUUGUUUUUGUGAACAAUUUGUUCACAAGAAGAGUUUGAUAAUUUUUAUAGAGGUUAUGAAUUAAGGGUCCGUUUUUUUAGGACAGUGUCCCACAAUUUGUACAUGUGAUUAAGUCCUGUAUUUUAUUGUAAUGCACAUUUAUUAUAUGGUAUUGUUUUGAUAGUAUUUAUU